AUGGAAGUUGAUCGGACGUUGCAGGUCGUCAAGGGAGGAGGACAUAAGAAGAGGCCUCGAAGUGAGCUGCAGGCCGUAGACGCCGGGGCCGCUCCGGCGACGACCAACGCUCAGCAAAACAAGAAAGACAAAGGCAACAAGCGCCGGAAGACCGGAGGCAAGAAGGGAAGCAGCAAAAAGGCAGAUGCGAAGCAGGACAAGCUCAAGGUCGGCGGCGGACUGGAGUUGUUGGACGCCGAGCUCCUCGGAGCCGAGGAGCAGGCCACCUUCUUCCAGGCCCAGUACCGCACCGCCGACCCCACCCUCAUCAUCUCCGCCGGCCAGGCCCUGCCCUUGGCUGGACACUUUGCGGUGAGUUCGAUACAGAGCGGGGGCAAGAGGGACGUGAACACGGAGCUGAAGCCGUGGCUUCAGGACAUCUGCGGCGACCAGUGGCAGCAGCUGCUGGCUGGCCCGCCGGCCGCGGCCGCUAAGGCCAAGCCCGAUGGCGGCAAGCCCGGCGGCAGGCGAAGAGGCCGCAAGCCCAAAUCGCAACAGGUGGCGGCGAACGAGGCGGAAGACAAGGGCGCGCCCUCUGUCAUCAUCAUCACCUCCUCAGGCCAGCGAGCAUGCGACGUCUUCAAAGCGCUGGCCGAGUUCCACAAGUCGGUCAAGGUGAUGAAGCUCUUCUCCAAGAUCAAGCUGGCGGAACAGGUGGAGAUGCUCAACUCGAGCCCCGUCCGCAUUGCCGUCGGCACCCCACACCGACUCGCCGAGCUGUGCCGAAACGGUGCGCUCAAGCUGCAUCGAUUGCAGUUCGUCGUGGUGGACAUGUGGAAGAACGUCAAGGGCAUCUCGCUCCUCAUCCAGACCGACCUGUACAAGCUCUACUUCGAGUUCUUCAACGAGCGCGUGCAGAAGGAGGAGACCCGACUCGCCCUGUUCUAG